AAUUACGUACUGUGAAAAAACAACAACAAAAUUCACUACGUCAUAGUUUUCGUUGGAUGUUUCAAAUUAUCAAUGUCAACCGAAUUUUACCCUAGAAUAUGGAACAUGAUACCACUCUAGCUUUAAAGAGAAAAUUAUCGAGUACCGACAGCCAUGCGGCUGGUUGCAAGCUACUGAAACUGGAAACAAACAUCAAUAGCCUCCCAGAUGAUAUCCUUUUCGAGAUCUUCAAGUACAUUCCCUGUUUAGAGCUUUACUUUUCUAUAGCGUUGGUUUCGAGACGGUGGCGCAACAUCAGUCUUCACCCCUCUUUCUGGAGACGAAUUGAAUUACGUAAUACAAAACAAUGUGCUGAAGGAAUAUGUCAACUCCUGCGGAGUGUCAGCUUUCGAGUGAACGAACUAUAUAUCUACGAUAGGUCCGAUUGUGAUGUGAUAUUAGAUCAAGCAUCGAAGCACAACAAAAAUAUUUCGGUUUUGUCCCUUUCGCAUUGCGGAGGGAAAACUGGAAACCGCUUUAUAAGCUCUAAAAUUAUCAAAUCUGUUAUUACAAGACUUCCCAAACUAAGAGCUCUACGCCUUUAUGACACAACAUUUCGCUCAGUUAAGUUUUUCGAAAUUUUUGGUAGUCAAAAAUUUAUGUUAUCGCGGAGCAGAAAAUUAGGCAAGAAAAAUAAUAUUAAGAAUCAACCAAUCACGUACACAGGGAUUCUGACUUACAAACAAUUAGAGGCCUACACGAGAAACCUAAACACGUCCGGAAAAGUAACGCUGAACAAUGGAAAGGAAUACACAAUACGAAUGCUUCUUUCAGGGGUCAGAGAAAUACUACACUCAAACGGAUUCGACCCAAAUUCUAUUGUUAGGACGUUAGAGGAUAACCCGUCUGUGUUUUAAGCAAAAAUAUGAUACUUCCUGCAAGAAUUCCGCGUUUACAUUUUUAUCUAUUUUUUAUACGUUUUGUACUAUCAACUGUUACAAUUUAUUGUAUUGUUCAAGAGAAAGGGAUACCAUUUAACCACAAUAAAACACUGGCUUAGUAAUGCUAUUUAA